ACUUCCGGAUAAAGAACGAUAAAUACUGUGUGUACAUUUUCUUAGUUUAUUUUCAUGUGUCUGUGACUCACUGCAUUUACUUCUAGCUAGUCUAGAUUGAAAUUCUUCAUACGCUGUGAAGCAAUUUGCCAGUGCAACAAUGUUUUCGAGCAGCUCUUCGAAUUUUAACCGGAAUUUAGAGAAGGCAACAAGCCAACUGCUCCUGGAACCAGACUGGGACUCAGUUUUGCAGAUUGUUGACUGCAUUCGACAAGGAGAUGUUCAGCCCAAAUUUGCCGUGCAGAGCAUUAGGAAAAAGAUUAGUGUUGAAAAUCCUCAUGUGGCCCAGUUUGCUCUUCUUGUUGUGGAAGCUUGCGUGAAAAACUGCGGAUCAACUUUCCACAAUGAAGUGGCUACUAAGGAGUUUAUGGAAUUCUUGAAAGAUCAAGUGAAGAAAGUAUCAACAGACCCUGUCCGUGGUGACCCUGUCAAAGAAAAGAUAUUGGAGCUUGUUCAGACCUGGUCUAAUGCUUUCCGCAAUGAGCCCAAGUACAAAGCAGUUGAAGACACAUUUCAUCUGCUCAAAAUGGAGGGUCACAAGUUUCCUGCUCUGAAGGAGGCUGAUGCAAUGUUUGAUGCCGAGAGAGCCCCACAGUGGAAGGAAGGGGAGACUUGCACCCGCUGUAGAGUCAAGUUCGGAGUUGUGCAGCGCCAGCACCAUUGUCGCAACUGUGGUGAAGUGUUUUGUGGGAAGUGCUCGUCUAAGACCACUACCAUUCCCAAACUUGGAUUUGAGCGAGAGGUCAGGGUCUGUGAUUCCUGUUAUGAUAAGAUCAACAAGGCUGCCGCAUCUGGGAAGAAGGAAGAUGAUUUGCCCGCAGAGUAUCUGGCCAGUCCAUUGUCUAAGCAGUCGCAGGUAACUACGACAAUGGCACCACCAAGCAAGUCAGAGCAGGAACAGCAGGAAGAGGAGGAGUUGCAGCUGGCUCUGGCUUUGUCAAAAUCUGAGCAUGAGACGAAGGAAAAAGAGCGGGAGCGCUUGAGGUCCAACUAUGGAGUAUAUGGAGGUGGGAACAACAACCGAGCUCCAUCCCCUGCCAAGGUGACCCCAGCACCAGCUCCAAUCACAGCCAUUGAUACGUCUGACAUGGACCCUGAACUGGCUCGCUACCUGAACCGCCACUACUGGCAGCAGAAAUCUGAUGAACAGCAGCAGCAGCCGAUGGUGUCCACGACUGUCCCGUCUGCUCCUGCCCCCAACUCGGAGCCUCGUGUCAGUACCAGUGCAGGGCACGUCAAUGAGGCACCUCAGGUGGUCUCUUCGCAUCUUUAUCAAAACGGAGACACGGACAAUGAGCAGGAACAGUUUCUGUCUGCCCUGCAAGGAUCGCUGGAGAUUUUUGUGAACCGCAUGCGCAGCAACUCUCAGCGUGGCCGGCCUAUUGCCAACGACUCAGCGGUGCAGUCACUGUUUGCUGUCAUCAGUGAGAUGCACCCACAGCUCAUGACACACAUACAGGAGCGCGAGGACACCAGGAGCUAUUAUGAAGGCUUGCAGGACAAACUUACUCAACUGAGGGAUGCGAGAGAAGCUUUGGAUUCUCUGAGAGAGGAGCACAGGGAGAAGAGAAGGAGAGAGGCAGAGGAGCUAGAGAGACAGAGACAGAUUCAGAUGAUGCAGAAGCUGGAGGUCAUGAGACAGAAGAAACAUGAGUACCUGGAGAUGCAACGUCAACUGGCUCUACAGCGUCUGCAGGAGCAGGAGAGAGAGAUGCACGCUCGUAUGGAGCAGCAGAAACAUCUCACACACAUCAGGCAGAUGCAGGCUUUUGGAUACGCUCAGGGUUAUCCUCAACAAAUGAUGGGACAGCCCGGUGUCCCGCCCCAGGGCAUGGGCCCUCCCCCUGGUAUGCCAGCCCACAGCUAUGUCCCUGGUGGAGGGGGCUCAGCGGAGGGCUCACCUGUUCACAGAAUGACCCCAGGACCCGAUGGGUAUGGAGGCAUGCAGGUGAUGAACCAGGGUGCUGGUAUGGUGAUGCCUCCACAGUCUGGCAUGUACAACAUGGGGGCUCAGCCACCUAUGGGAAACCAGUACGCCCCACCAGCAAGUCUCCCUGCUGGAGGCUACCAGCCAGAUGCUCAGGGCAUGGUUGCUCCUCAAGGGUACAGUGCACAGGACCAAGGUGCUGUCAGUUUACCCCCACAGCAUGCAAUGACAGGGCCAAUGACAACAGCACCACCAAAUAACAUGGGUGUGUACGGGACCUUGCCAAGCCAGAUGUCCACAGCAGGCAUGCCAGGAGGCCACCCACCGAUGGGCGGCAUAGACAGUCAAGGAGGCUUUGGUUCCAUGCCGGCUCAAUCAUCUGAUUUUCAGUCUUUCAACAUGCAAGGUCUGUCAACCGCCUUGCCACCCCACCAAGGCCCCCAGCCCAUGUACAAUAAUCAGCCCAUGCAACAGCCACCUCAGCAGUACGCAAACACAGCACCCCCGCCUGGACAGCCACAGCAGUUCCAGCAGCAGCCGCAGCAGUUUGUUGGUCAGUACCAGCAGAGCGGAGCCGCCCCGGGUCAGCCAUCUCAGCUCCAUCAGGCGGAGCAAAAAGAGGCUCAACUCAUUUCAUUUGAUGACUGAGAGCUGUGGGCUCCUCCAGUUUUACCAUUUGUGAUGUACUUUAAUUCUUACAAAUUUCUCCAGAGGUAUUUAUGACUUCAAAUCUUUGCCUGAUAUAAGUGGAUUCUCAUACAGUCAUUGAAAGUUCAUAACACUUGGGACUGCAGCCCUUUUCCAGUUUUCAUUUUUUUUUUUUUUGUGUGUGUUAUGAAAAGUUGUUAAAUUAGACACUGAAAAAUUUGGCUCUGCAACUGCAAAACACUAUCUAUGAUUUUGGUGUCUUAUAUCUUUCAGAUCUUUUUGUCUUAGUGGCAGGGAUGAGUAUCUAGGAACAAAGGCACCACUCUUAAUCUUUUGUGUGUGUGCCUAAAGAAAGGUACCAAGUCGCCUCAGACCAUUUUGAACUACAAGCUGAUGAUGGCAAAAAAUCACUGUUUUGACCAAAAUUUGUUUCCUUAAAAAAAUGAUAGUUCCACCGUUUUUUAACGUGUUAAAAAGGGUUUUGAUUGAUUGGACCUCUAAAUACUUUAUUUUGAAUAAUUUUGAGACUAGGGUAUUUUUUAAAGAGAUAAUGAAAACUGCUUUUAGAAGGUGUUAAAAUCUUUUCUUGAAGCAUGUUUUCUCUUCCCCGCUAUAUUUUACCAUAGAAUUCUAAUCAUGAUAUUGAUGUCAUCUGAAUGCCAAAUUGGAAAUGAAUUUUCCAUGAAUAAAUACAUUAGACAAUUGAAUCGGGGGUUUUUUUUUCACGUUUGUAUGUGUCUUAAACUUCAAAGCCAAUUUUCUCAAAAUUAGAUCUUUAUACCCUACCUCACAAAAUGUGCGAUGUCUUAAAAACUACUUGUGAUAUCUCAAAAAUUAAAAAAAACCUCUGUGUUCAGCAUUGAAUUUCCUACAAGGUACAACCCUUAACUCAAAAUGGUCAAAAUCCAACUUUUGAUACCUUUCUUUAGGCACACACAUAUUUUUUAAAAGUAUUGCGAAGAAAAAUGUUUAGGUUUUAAGGUGCAUUAAACUGGGAUAAAUGAGCUUGUAAGCAAACGUGAUACAUAUUUACCUUUUAUUAGACACAGUAGUUACUCGUGUAAUAUUUUAUGUCAUGUAUGCUUUCUAAAGCUGUCCUCAUUUUUUAAAAUUAUUUCUUCAGUUAAAUGCAAGAAAUAUUGAGAAGCAGGUUUGUUUAUGUAUUUAGUAUGUAUCGUACAUUAUGCUUUACUGAAAUUUACGGAUUUGUUGUAAUUCCUCACCUGCGGGAGUACAGUUCUCUUUUCUAUCAAUAUCAAGUGAAUGAGAUCAUAUCUGGAAAUUGUGCGAUAUGAAUUGCCAUUUUGACUGAAAAAAUUAUUACGCUUAUAAAUCCCAUGCACCUGGCCACUCAAGUUCUUUUCUAAACCAACCUGCAUUUUAGAUAGAAAAUUCUGUUUUGAGUAACAGAAAUUUUUUGGGUCCCCACGAUCAUUCCUUUUUCUUAAUUCAGUUAUAAAAUGACGCAAUGUGAAUAUUGCUACAUAUUUUAUGCUUUGUGUAGUACGUGGUAUGUGUUGUCAUGCAAUGUUCUUUCAUCUUAACCAAUGUGUAUGGAUAAUAAAUGGAUUGGAAUAUUUAAAAAAA